GCCCAAUAUUCCAUCACAAUCAUUAACGAUCCUUUUCCUUCUUACUCUCUCUAAAAGUCUAACCCCAGCUUCGUCUCGUCGUGAAAAGCUAUGGCUCAGAAGAGAGAGAAAGAGGAAACGGAGCUCAAGGUUCCUGACACUUUAACCACCCUCUGUACACCACCACCGGUAGCUGCAGCUCCAUCUAAGAUCUCCGGUUCCUAUGAGCAUAGAUCGGAUCCGAAGAGUGGUGGUUCCACCGACGUCAUCGUUGAAGUUAGAGAGACAUGCGCUACCUCACAGGAACCAUCAUCAACGGCGGUUGAUAAUAGGACGAAGAGGCGCCAGUUGAAUCGGUGUUCAGGUUGCCGGAAAAAAGUUGGAUUGAUGGGAUUCCGAUGCCGUUGCGGUGAGAUGUUCUGUUCCGAGCACCGGUAUACCGAUCGACAUGAUUGUAGUUAUGAUUACAAGGCCGCCGGACGUAAGGCGAUCGCUCGUGAGAAUCCGAUGGUUUUUCUCACAACAUCUUACGUGGGAUAGUCAUAUGGUGGUGGGAUAGGUUGAGGUGGUCCUGUUAUAUGUUGUAGGCCAAUAUACCUGGUGCGGGCCGGUUGUAAGCCGUAGGCACGGAGGCUCGAGAAAAGCGGUUGGGUUAAGGCGGCAUGCCGACAAACCCUAGGUUAUAUCGUUGAUCGUGGGAAGGCGAAUGCAUGACUGUACACACUCAUCAACAAUAUUGAGGAUUCCGUGUUUCUUAUAUUACUCUGAUUUUCGAUAAAUGUAUUUUGGAAUAAACGUUUUUUCUUAAUAAUGGAUUUAUAAUUAGGGAC